GUUUUCCUCAUUCGGUCGAAACCAACUGAGCAGUGAACAACUUUAACUAGAGCUAAAAAUUUUGCUUUUAAAAUAAAGUGAAAAAAGAGUGAGAAAAGUCGUGAUAAAUAAUUCAGUGCCUUCAACCCGCCUUGUUAAAAAUGUCGAUCUUCGAGCAUCCCGACCAGCUGAAAAUGCUGCAGGACCUGCUGAAUCCCAAUCAGAGGAGAGGCGGCAUCGAUUACAGCAGUGAUGAAGAUGAGGACGAGUCCAUGGUGGUUCACAAACUGAAUCCUGGUCAAAUUGGACGUCCUAAGACGUCAGAUUCUUCUGGCAAGACCAAGAGUAAGAAAAAACCCAAUCCUCUGGCGACUCCCUUGGUGGAGGAGGAGAAAAAGCAGCCGGAGAGCCUGGAGCAAUGGCAGGAGCAGCAGGAGCGCGAGGAUAACGAUAUACUGGAAACCAGGAAAAGUCCAGAAUACACCAUGACCUAUCGCCAGGCAGUGGGCACUGAGGAUGUCUUCCUGCAGAUGGGCAAUCGCACUGGAUCCUCGGCCAGCUGCGAGGACUUGAUUCUGGAGAUUUCGCUGCCGGAUGAGGAGAUGUCUGCCGAUAAGAUGUCCCUCAGCUUGCAGGAAACGGAAUUGGAUUUGGCCACCUGCCUGUACCGCCUGCGCCUACCGCUUCCGCAUCCUGUGAAUGUGGAUCGUUGUCAGGCGAAAUACGACAGCGAGCUGAAAAAACUGAGGCUCACUUUGCGCCUCAAACGGGAGCUAGACUACGUUAAUUUUUAAAAACUAAGAAAUAGUUCUUGUUUUUACACUUACACACUACACAAUUGUACACUAUCACUAGAUCUAGAUCUGGCUUGCGGCCUUGUUCCAAAAUUCAAGUGUAUAGAAACUAUCGAUUUGAAAAUGAUUCAUGUCUAAAUUUAUUGUGUGACGUUUAAUUUGAUAUAUGAAAUGUCUUUUA